UGGGCACUGUCGUUACAGGCGCAAUGCAGUUGUCGGGAUGUAAGGAGGAAUGGCGACGGUUGAGGCGGUUUUUGGAGGCCAGACGGCAGCAGAGCACAGUUAAUCUCUCAGACCCAAAAUGGAGACAGAAGUAAUGAUGUCCUCCUCACCGAGCCUGGUCUCAGCCUCCAUGCCACAGACUCUGACCACUCAGGCCAACUUGGCCUCAAAGCAGCGAGAAUGCAGAAAGACCACAUCCAUGACUCCUGCCUUCCUCUCCAACCUGGGCAGGGCCACCCUGCGGGGCAUUCGUAGGUGUCCCCAGUGUGGUGUCUACAAUGGCACCCGGGGGCUCAGCUGCAAGAACAAGGCCUGCGGCGUGUCCCUCAGAAAUGCCUCGGCAGCAGGUAGAAACAGAAAGAAAUGUGCGGUGGAGGUGGUGAAAGUGAUAAUAGACAGUGAGGAGAGAGACGGGAAAGAGCACGAGGGAGGAGGCGUCCUGGGCGGUGGCUCAGGGGGAGGAGUUCAGGUGUUUUCGGUGUGCCACAGAGGAAGAGGUUCCACAGCUACACAGCUGGGCUUUGUUGAGCUCGUCCCAACAGACACUGCUAUCGCAACCGGUGACGGCGCCACCCUGCUGACCCGGAUCAACCUCGGCCGCUGCUUUUUGCCUUCUUGCAAACAGGGUCAGCGGUCGAACCAGGGUGAGGCAGACGCGUCGGUGACCAGCUCCAAACAGUCCUCUGACAGUCUCUGCGUCCACAUCAAACAAGCCAUUGAGUGUCAGAGCAGCGCAACACCGCUCACCCUGAAGAGCUCCGUCCUUGAGGGUCUGCAGGCCUCCAUCCAGGCCAGGGAGGAGCUGUGGAGGCUGGCCACGGAGUCUCCAGGACCGCUGGUGCAGCGCGUUUCGAAGGACACGCUGGUGGUGAAGUGUCACACAGAUUCCCAGCAUCCUCUGGGGCUUCUGCAUCUCUCUGUUGGUGCGGGUGGACUGUCUGAGGCUUUAAAGAGUGAGAAAAGAGGCAGAGAGAUGCAGCAGCAGCAGCAGCACGGCAUCUUCCACUGUGCCUGCCAGGUCAGCAUCAGCAGAAGAAACAAACCAGGUGUUGAUGGAACAGGUGGAGUCGCCGGCUUUCACUCAUCCACCAGCUCGACGGCGCCACAGCCCUGCCUCCACUUCUACGCCUGCGUGUGCGCUUUUGCGAGUGACGAGAAGUUGGCCUCUGAGUUCGCUCCGUUCAUCGGCUACACGCCCAGUGUUGAGCAGACGGCUGCUUCCACUGUUCUAACCGGUCACAGCGAUAAGACUUUGCAUCAGGCCGAACCAGCCAACUCUCUUCAUAAAGCAAAGAAACUUCGUCAAGAUGAAUCCCUUUCUGGUGGGACACAGGCAGUGGACGAGCACACAGUGACGUUGGGUUUCCAACAGUGGCUGGCAAGCGUCACAGAGAGGAUCCACCAGAUGAUGCACUACCAGUGUGAUGGGAAACCACAGCCUCUCGUGUACCACGUCCCCCAAGACUUCUUUAACGCGCUGCAGCAUCGUCUGUCCCUCGGAUCAAAGAAGAGGAGGCUGCCAAACUUUACAACAGCGUUUGUGAGGAACGAUGGACUUCCUGUCAGCUCUUUCUCCAAGUACACCUGGCACAUCACCAACCUCAUGCAGGUCAAACGCAUCUUUGACACUCCAGAGCUUCCUCUGGAGCUCCAUCAGAGUUUCGUCAAAAACAUGGAUGGAUCUUAUUCAUGUUUCCGCUGCCCCGACCCUCCGCCUGAACCAGAGUUACCAGAGGGAUACAGGACCGACCGGCCGCAGACGAUACGACCGAUGGAAUUCCGCACCUUCCUCAAAGUCGGACCCGGCACGCCCGAGCAGAAGGAGGCCAGUCCGUUUGUGAUCGAGUGGAUCCCGGACGUUCUCCCCCGCUGUCAGAUGGGAGAACUCAGGAUCGGCUUUGAGUUUGGUCACCAAAAGAGCGGUCAGCAAGACUACUGUGAAAAAACGAGUGCAGCAGAGAAAGGGGGUCGUAACAAGGCCGACUCCACCUAGUCCAAGCACAUCAAGGCUGUUGACGUCCUGCAGGUGGUCGACUAACGGUCCUCCAGUCUGUCCGGCUGCAGUCACUUUGUCAUUGACAUAAAGAGUUAAUGUCUCACACAUGUAUUUGUGUUACAAUAUGCAACGUAUGGAUAAUCAAUUUUAGAGUCCAUUAACGACAGUAUUUGUUUUUGUUGUGAGGUUCUUAUUUUACGACAGAUAUGCACACUCUGUAUAUAGAUUUUGCAAAUGUUUUAUUUUUUUUAUAGUUCAUUAACAGAACAUGUUUGUCUAAGACAGAUCACACACACCGGAGUCUGGAGCGUUUGAAGAUGUACACAAAUGUACAUGAAGUUACAUGAAGUUACUGAUCCCAUUUGUUAACGUUCCCUAAAUGUGUGAAAAUAUGUAUGUUUGUAUGUUUUUUUUUAGUCCCUCUUGUUUUGAUGCAAACAAUAGAGAAAAUAAAGAAAACAUUGAAAGGAUGAAGAUGUCUCUUUAUUUUGCAGUGCUGGAAAGAAUAUUUUACAUUGAAAUGCUACCUAAAUAUUUGCCUUAUAACCAUCCAAAUCUUUCUCUCAACUUAAACAAACAUGAAAAGCUCAUAAAACAGACAAAAACUAAAACAAACACCGCAUACAGAACAGUGUAUAUUGUCAUAUUUAACAGUUUCUCAACUAAAAAUACAUUUUCCUUUUCUCGAAUUGUCGAAACAUUUGACCAAAUAUUAACAUUUAAGGGGUUAAUGAAGCAUUUGCAAUAAACUAUCUACAUAUUUUAAUGAUAUACUGUACAGGAAAAAUCAUUUUGACUAUAAAAAAAACCCCAAGGUACUCUAGAUUAGUUUUACAUGAUUAAAUUAUACAUAGAUAUACAUCUAUUGAUGUAAUUCCUGCUGCAUAAAACAGUUCUGAAUUCUUAUGGUGAGAUACUGAAUGUCACCAGCAGGUGGAGACAUAAGCUUGCCUAAAGCGGAGAGUGGCCUAACAAAGAGUUGCAAGCAAACAAGUAGGGCAAAUGGA